AUGAAGGCAAUCUAUAUGGUGAUCUUUGCUGUAAUUGUGAUCGCAGUGGCUGGAAACUACUGUGAAACAGACGGCGAUUGUGGGUUGAAAUUGUCAAAAUGCAAGACGGAUUCAGUGAUUUGUCGCUGCAAGAAAAGCUUUUGCACAGCAAAAAAGAAAUGUAAAUCCGAUCCGGAUUGUCCCUUCAUGAACACUUGCAUUCAUGAUAACGUCGAAAAUACAACAGUUUGCCGAAGAAAGUUUCAAGGAUUCAAUGGA